AUGAGCGCGAAAGAAUUACGCCAGUCUCACAAUGUGUGGUCGGUCAAAUACUUUGCCAUCGCCAUUGGAGCAAUCAUGGUGAUUUUUAUCAUUUCCCACUGGGCGAAUAUUGCAUACUCAAGAUACGCCCGGCAAAGACCGAAAAGAUCUACUCUGGCACUCACUCGGAAUCUACGCAAGGUGCAGCGAUUCUUGGCCAUAAGUGUUCUUGGCUUGGAGAUUAGUCGUUGGUGUUUGUAUUUCACUUACUGGGCAAUCAAUUUCGCGUGCUUAUUGACCAAUGUUGAAUUGCACAAUCAUAGUUAUGUUGGGAAGCGUCUUGGAUGGGUCUCCGUGGCCAAUUUUGUCCUCCUUGUUUUCCUCGCACUCAGAAAUACGCCCCUGGCUCCGUUGAGCGGACACUCCUACGAGAAACUGCGUCCGUUGCACAAGACAGCAGGCUAUACUUGUAUUACUACAAGUGUAUUGCAUGCUGCAGUCUACCUGAGUGCCUGGUCCGAAAAGGCAGAGCUUGAAAACAUGCGCGAGACAAAAAACCUGGCUGGCGGGAUUGCUGGACUGGCAAUGGUAAUUAUCGGGUUUUCUACUAUUGGGUGGUUUACUCGAAGGUUUUAUGAAGUCUUCUAUAUGAUUCACAUUGUCCUAUUCAUGCUCAUCCUGAUCACGGUCGCCAUGCACCGUCCGCUAAUCUCGAAAUCGACAGUCGUGAUCAUCAUCUUCACAGCCUCGAUGUGGUUCUCCGACAGACUUUUACGUUUUGCCAAGUUAUGUUGGUACUUUCCUGGCAACCAUGCAACUAUCAAAAUCAUGCCAGAUGGCGCACUCCGUGUAUCGCUGAGCCGCACUAUGCGCCGCUCUAGGCCGGGCUCUCACGCCUAUCUAUGGAUUCCAGCAAUCCGCUGUCUCGAAACACAUCCAUUUACACUUGUGUCUCAAGAUGGUGAGUUUCUGAUCAACGUGUACGACGGAUUCACGCAUGAUUUGCGCAAAAGAGUGUCUCAAGAACCAGACAAGUCCCUGCGUUGUUCGGUAGAUGGGCCGUAUGGCCAAGUCCCCGAUUUUAACAGUUUUGAUCGGAUCUUGCUUGUCUCUGGUGGUAGCGGUGCGAGUUUUGCUUUUGCCGUGGCGCUUGAUGUAAUCAAGAAACGUGCUGGUUCUGGUUCAACGGCAACAAAAAUGAUUGAUUUUGUGUGGUCGGUAAGACACUACAAGUCACUCAACUGGUUCGAGAAAGAACUCGCCCAACUUCAAGAGAGCCCCCAUGUACGUUUGUUUAUACACGUCACACGAGCAGAUGCCAAAUCAGAACAUCCCAAAGACGUUCAAGAUGUUGUCUUGACAAAAACCGAAGUCAGCAACAACAACAGCAACACACCCGUCGAUAUUGAGAAAUCAUCAAUAGGAAUCGACUCCAAUGCACUGUCUUUCACCAACGUCCAAAGGGGUCGUCCAGAUAUCUCGAAAUACGUUUCAGGUUUUAUUGACAGCUGUAGUCCAGAGGAUCGCGUCGGGAUUGGCGCGUGUGGGCCAGUUGAUAUGGUCGACAGCGUGCAAAAAAGUCACUACUCUCGAGGAGCGUAUGACGAUGGACUAUCGAUAACUGUCUAUACUGAGGAAUUCGGGUGGUAG